UCAAAGUAUUAAACUGGCAAGAGUGUUAUUGAAGAUGAAGAGCUUCCACAUGCUGUGGAUCUGGAUCUUUCUGUCAGGGUUUAGGAAUUUAGCCACAGAUGGAACUGAUAUACAUGGAUACACUGGAAAAGGUGCCACAAUUACAUGUUCCCAUGGCUGGGCUUCAACCAAUAUAAAGUAUUUCUGCAGAGAUCCAUGUGGAUACAGAGAUAUAUUAGUGAAAUCUGACCAGUCACCUACAGGAAGAUACACGCUGAAGGAACACAGAGAUGGAACCUUCACUGUGAACAUCGCUGAUCUACAGGAGUCAGAAUCUGGGAUUUACUGGUGUGCAGUGGACAGAUCUAUUAAAGACUCAUAUAAGGAAGUCAAACUGACAGUAUCUAAACAUCCAAGCAAAAGCAUCACUACAUCCACACAACCUUACAAAGACAUACAAACGUCCACGGAUUCACUCACAACUACACCAGCAGCACAUUCAGAAUCACCAUCCGUCACCGCAAGCAAAACCUCCAGAGAUUCCAGCCCUGAUGACACCACACUCUCUCUCAGCAACAGCAUCUGUGAAGACUACAGUGUAUAUAUCAUAUGCUGUCGCUGGUCUGGGCAUGAUCAUAUUUGCAGUUGGAUUGGUCACCGUUCAUCAGUACAGGAAAAAACUCAAGAUAUCAGAAGGCUUCACGCUGCCCAAUGAAAGCAAAGCUGAAGAGAACGACCGUGUAUAUGAGAAUGAAGCUCCUAAAACAAACAGUACACAGAUGAAACCUAUCAACAGGACUACAACCAGACAAGAGCAAAAGAAACAAGUAUAUUCAGUCUACGAGAAUUUACAUGCACUCUAUGGAAAUCUCUGAUCCUAGUGUCAAGAAAGAAAUUCUGAGAACCAGUAUAAAUCUGAUGGUUAUAAGAUCAAAAACACAUGUCCAGUAAAGGCAUUCUAGAAGCUCAAAUAUUAAAAUGUUUAUGAAGAAAAAAAAUCAAUUUAUGAAUACACGUGUAUUGGUGACAAGUAUUUUGCACUGUAUGACCACAAGGGGCGCUGUGUCUGAUUUUGUUUGUUUUGCUAGAUAUUUGUUGUU